AUGCCAGCAGGACAGCAACAGGCGCCGACGGACCGGGUCCAACACGGCCCCCCGCCAACCCUGUUCGUGGCCAAGACCCCCAGCCCGGACCUCGUGGUGGGAAACCGGGUGUACCUGCACGCGUCCGACUACGCGGUGUACCGCCGACACGCGCGCAUCGGCCCCGAGGAUCCCCUCUACCUGGAGCUCGCCUGGGGCGCGAAAACGCCCUGCGUCUUCACCGCAGAAGCCCAUGAUGAGUGUAGGGUGGGCACUGUGGCCGUAAACACACUCCAGCGGCAGAGCCUGGGAGCGAACCACGGCGAGGAGCUCUCGGUCCGCCAUUGGGGGCGCCCGCACGCGUCCGACGCCGCGGCGGCGUGCAGGAUCGAGGUCGGUCGCAUCGGGGGUGCUGCCGUGCCGUUCGAGGUGUCGGCCGAGGAGCUGACGAGGGCGGUGGUGGAGAAGAUCGAGCGGCAGUGGGUCACGGUCGGGCAGCUCUUCGUCAGCGAGGUCCAGGGGCUCAAGCUCAGCCUGCGCGUGGUCAACGUCAUGAGUCAGGGGGAGGCCGCAGAGCUGGCCAAGGGGGGGGGUAAGCCCGGGGCGGGCGACGAGGGGACGAGCUUGCGCGGGGUGAUCACGAGGGACUCGAAGCUCUUCUACGAGGUCCCGGACACCGCGUCGCGGAUCACGAUCACCGGCCAGGCCAGCCAGAUGCAGCUGAUGCUACUCCGCGGCGAGGGCUUCGCGAACCUGGAGCGGCUGGGCAUCGGCGGCCUGGACGAGCAGUUCUCGAUGAUCUUCCGGCGCACGUUCGCGUCGCGCGUGUUCCCGCCCGACGUGAUGGAGAAGAUGGGCAUCAAGCACGUCAAGGGGAUGUUGCUGUUCGGGCCCCCGGGGACGGGGAAGACGCUGGUGGCGCGGCAGAUCGGGCAGCUGCUCGGCGCGGUGGAGCCGAAGAUCGUGAACGGCCCCGAGGUGCUCAACAAGUACGUCGGGCAGUCGGAGGAGAACAUCCGCAACCUGUUCAGCGACGCCGAGGCGGACGAGAAGGCCAAGGGCGCGAACUCGCCGCUGCACGUCAUCAUCUUCGACGAGAUCGACGCGAUCUGCAAGGCGCGCGGGUCCGUGCGCGACGGCAGCGGCGUCCACGACACCGUCGUCAACCAGCUGCUGACGAAGAUCGACGGCGUCAACGCGCUGAACAACAUCCUGCUGAUCGGGAUGACGAACCGGAAGGACAUGCUCGACGAGGCGCUGCUGCGCCCGGGGCGCAUGGAGGUGCAGGUCGAGAUCGGGCUGCCUGACGAGAGGGGGCGGCUGCAGAUUCUCAACAUUCAUACGCAGAAGAUGAGCGGGAGCAACUUCCUGGGGGACGACGUGGACUUGGACGCGCUGGCGGCGCGCACGAAGAACUUCUCCGGCGCGGAGAUCGAGGGCCUCGUGAAGAGCGCGGCGAGCUGGGCGCUCAACCGCCACGUGGACACGGCCGACCUGGAGCACGUGGACGCGAUCGACAUGGAGGCGAUCCGCGUGACGAUGGGGGACUUCGAGCGGGCGCUGAACGAGGUGAAGGCGGCGUUCGGGGUGUCGGGCGAGAGCCUGCAGUCGUGCAUGGAGCGCGGCAUCAUCAGAUAUGGCCCGAGGUUUGUUCACAUGGAGGCCAGCAUAUCGAGCCUGGUCAACCAGACGCGCGAGAGCGAGAACACCUCCAUCCUCACCUGCCUCAUCCAGGGCCCCCCUGGCUCAGGCAAGACCGCCCUGGCAGCCAAGGCCGCGCUGGACUCGGGCUUCCCCUUCGUGAAGCUCGUGUCUCCGAACGACGUCGUCGGGUUCUCCGAGCACGCCAAGGCGUCGUUCCUCGCCAAGGCCUUUGACGACGCGCACCGCUCCCCCGUCUCCGCGCUGAUCGUCGACGACAUCGAGCGGCUCCUCGAGUACGUCGCCAUCGGGCCGCGCUUCUCGAACUUCGUCCUGCAGACCCUGCUCGUCCUGCUCAAGAAGAAGCCGCCCCCGGGCCGCCGGCUGCUGGUGAUUGGCACGACGUCGAUGGAGGCGGUACUCGACGCGAUGGAGGUGACGUCGGCGUUCAACGUGGUGCUGCGCGCGCACAACCUCAGCACGGACGACGCCGCGCGCGUGCUGGUCGCGGAGGGCGCGUUCCCGGAGGCCGAGGCGGAGCGCGCCGCGGCGAUGCUGGGCGACAGUGUGCCGAUCAAGCGGCUGCUGCUGCUGGUGGAGAUGGCGCGGCACGCGCACGGGGGCAAGGGCGGCGGCCGCGUGCCGAUGUCACAGUGGGAGCGGUGCAUCUCGGACCUGGCCGGGUAG